UACUGCACGAGGCCAUUUUUGCACAUGGAGGGGCUCACAGCAUAUAGCAUCAUCAUCCUCGCGUACAACCGCCCUUUCCCUGGGAAACAAUGAGGCAGGCUUGAGCUAUUGGAUAUCUGAUAAACGCGAGCUGUUCCUGGGCUGUCAGAUUGGGGGCACCCACCCACGACGCACAGAGCAUGCGGGAAAAAUGUGAGCGCUCGUCUCCUCCUCCUCUUCAGCCAGCCCCUCUUCAGUCAAGAGGUGUUGUCGUGGUGGGACGGCGUUUUGCCAGGAGUAAAGGGACAGUUUCACUGCGAUGCUUUCUCCAUAGCUCCGAGUGAGAGCAAGUUACCCGGGAGAAAGGGUGGUGCCUUGCUUUUGCCUGGCCGCACCGUGAACUAGCAACGUCCAUGCGCGUUUGUUUAUUUGAAAUCGGACCGAGCCAAUUGAGGACGUCGAGGCAGGUGUGCGGUGUCAUUCGGAAUUGUUCUUGACAAAAGGGUAUACGCUGUCCAUUUUCUCGUCUCAUAUCAGAUUUGUAUGGACUUUAAUUCCGGUCAAGCAGGCUCCUGGCGACUAGGUUGAUACAGUAUUUUGUUGCAGAGCGAAUUUCUUCAGAUGUCUCCGCGUUCGCAUUGAGGAACGGACAAACUACACUCUGGAUUUAAAGCCUGAGGUGGAGUGUGGAAUUGAGAUCGCCGAUGUCCGUCUCUCCCAAAUAAGUCUCCCUGCUUUUGAUUUUUAUGACGGAAAGUGUACCCAGCGACGGUAGAACUGUUAGGAGACCUCUUCGACAUGAAUACAGAUAGCGGAGGACGCACGCGCAAAAGCGCCGCCUUGCUAGUCACCCGCUCCCACAUGAAGCGGGUCCAGAGUGUCCCGAAUCUGGCUACAGGGAGUGAGUCUCACUCGUCAGAUUCAGAUGCUUGGAGGUCACGCAGCACCGAUGGCCUAAGGAACGGCGACGACAUCACUUCCUCCUUGGCCGCCAAGGGCUUCCGCAGCGUCAGGCCCAACCUGCAAGACAAGAGGUCCACCACACAGGCUGUCUAUCAGGUCCCCCUCCCGCCCCCUAGGAGAGAGAGUUACCCCUCCCCCGCCACAGGCGCUAUCCCCCCCUCCUACAGCUCCCUCCUAGCCGAGACCCUCGGACCCGGGAUGCUAGCCCUCUCCAACGAGAAGGCCGUCCUCAAAGAGUCUUACACAGUCAAGAGCAUGUCUUCUUACUCGCACCACCGGAGCACUACCGCCACUUCUGUACCCCAAUCUGAACCAGAACCCAACCCCAUCCCCAAUGACACCAGCAAUGUCAAAGCCUCCACUGCUAUUUCCUCCACCACCACCCAGCUUCAGGCUGCAGAGCGCAAGGUGUCCUCCCUCAGACUCACCCCUGUCACCAUCCCUGAUCCCCCCUCCCACCAACCCGUCCCCCAGCCUGAGACUCUCACCACCUCCCCUCCUCCCCCUAACCUUCCCCCCCGUAGAGACCCCUCCAUCGGCCCCCAAAGCCAUCACACAGCCUCUCUCUCCGUCCAGAUGGCCCCGCGGAGGCCCAAACCACCGGGCUCCAAGGCCCCAGCUUCUGACCCUGGGGAGGGCAAGAAGGUGAAGGGCCCUCCUCCAGUUCCACCUCGACCUGCCGAAGCGAAUGUGCUGGGCCAAGCUAUUCAAGUGGCAAUGAAUGGAGGUGCGCCCCACCCCCAGAGACCGUCCUCACCCCCGGCCUACCCCCCUCUCCCCGCCUCGUUCAGCCCAGGGGGGGUUCGCGUGCGGAGUCGGAACGCAGAAGGUUCAGAGUCGGUGAUGUCGGGCCACACCAGCAUGAGCAGCACGGUGCCCAUCGCCCGCUUUUCAGAGGAGGAGAAGAGGGUGUCGGUCAUCAAGGCGCCCCACUACGAGGGCAUCGGCCCCGUGGAUGACACGGGCAUCCCCAUCGCCAUUCGCACGACGGUGGAUAGGCCGAAGGACUGGUACAAGACCAUGUUCAAGCAGAUCCACACGGUUCACAAAGCAGACGACGACUAUGCCGACACGCGCAACGCCACAUACACUGUCAUCGGUGACAGCGACACAUAUGGUCAGUCCUCCAACCCCACCAUGGCGUACCCUCCCCCUAGGACACAAACGUACCGGCCCCUGGCCAAGAGCCCGUCGGGCAGCGGAAGCCCCGGGACCUUUAGGGAGCCCUCCCCCGUGCCUCCGCCACCCCCGCCCAUGCCCUCCCUCCUCCAGCUGAGGUCCAGAGACAGCGACCGGGAGCGAGACUCGCCCGACACCAUGAAUCAGUGGGGUCCUCCCGAUAGGAAAGUGGACACUAGAAAGUACCGCGCUGAACCCCGGAGUAUCUUUGAGUACGAGCCCGGGAAAUCAUCCGUUCUGGAGCAGGACAGGCCGACCUAUAAGCUAAACCCAGAUGACAUAGAUUUAGAGAACGAGCCUUGGUAUAAGUUCUUUUCCGAGCUGGAGUUCGGCCGUCCGCCUCCUAAAAAACGUCUGGAUUAUAAUCCAGACAUCUGCCCUGGCCGACUCACCGAGACGGCGCUGUACUUCACUCCGACUGCUGACCGGGUUCCAGAGAGGCCGGCGAGUGCUGCCAGUGACUACAGGAAGAGGAGGAAGUCGGAGCCGUCGGGUGACCAGGGCAAGAACCAGGUCUCCCCAAAACAACUGGACUCUUACAGAGGCAGCAGCACACUGAGGAAACCAGCCACACGCUCCUCCCCCUCCUCCCCCUCCAGAGCCAAAGGUGGGGGCGCGUGCGGCAUGACCUGCUCCCCCCGUUUGAGCUCUUCCCCGGGCCCGUACCUCCGCUCCCCUCUCUCCCCCGUGCCCUCCAACCUCGCCAACCCGGGGGCCGCCUCCGCGCCCCUCGAGCGCGUCGCCUGCUUCAAGAAUGGCUGGCAGACGCGGCGGCAGGACGCCGAGACAUGGAGCAGCGCCGAAGACGCGCCGCCCUCGCCCGCAAAGCUGAGGUCGCGUAGCUGUGACAACCUGCUCAACGACGGGCCCCCGGGCGGGCACAAGGCUACCCGUUCGGAGAGCGCCGGGUCACUGGUAUUCGACAACCCAUUGGGGCAAACCGCAUCGUCCUCUACCCGCUCCUUGCCUCGCCCGCACCGGCGACGUGCCCACGACGCGCCAGGCUUCCUGAAGCUCUACCGCAAGAUGCACCACAUCGACCGCGCCCAGCUGCUGCCCUCUGACGUCAUCCGCUCGGUCCGUGCCCGCAUCCUGGAGCUGGAGCGCCAGCCGCACCUCUUCCCCCGAAAACUCUCCCCCUGGGGGCCGUCGUGGGGCCUGGAGGUCCCUCGCGAUACGGUGCCAACGCGCAUCUCCACAUACGAGCAACUCAUCCAGAAGUCCAAGUCCAUGCCCGACUUGGGAGAUAGCGAGGUCCCGUCUGGCACAACCACGCCCGGCGGGUCAUCGUCCCGCGCCAGUAGUAGUGGGGGAGGAGGCGGCGGGGGCAGGGAGACACCCGGGUACCCCAAACGCCGUUUCUCCAUUGAGUCUCUGCUAGAAGAGGACAUUAACAACGGGAAUGGGAACGGGACGUCCCAUCACGCUCACCAGGGGGCAAGGAGCCCGCCCGAGGGUCAGCCCCGCCUCGCCCUGGACCCCCACGAUUUCCCCGACCCCCUCGUUUAUCGACGGGCCGCUGUCCCGGGGGCUGAGUACUCUGAGUCUGAGCAAGAUGCAGCCGCCUCAGACCUCAGUGACUUUGUCCAAGUCGAAGGAUCCUCCUUCUGCAGCGAGAGUGACUUCGACCACUGCUCGCUCACCUCGUCAGUCGAGAGCUUCUACGGCCCCUCCUCCCACCACCACCUUCGCCACCACCACAGCCACCACAACCCCAGUCAUCAGUCUCUCGGUCAGGGUCAGGGCUACCAGCACCGUCACCUCAUCAGCUCGUGUAAAGGACGCUGCCCGGCCUCCAACACCCGCUUCACCACCAUGCUGCGCCACGAGCGGGAGCGGGCCCGCCAGGAUCUCCGGCAGAAACCCCCCCAGACACAGCAAACCAGACACGGGGGAAGGGGCGGGGACCACCAUGCUCUACCCCCCUCGUCACAAGCAGCCCAAACCCAGCAGGGGAUGUCCAAGCUGGCCUUCCUCGUCAGUCCCGUGCCUUUCCGGAGGAAAAAGGGUGAUUCUCCACCCACUUCGAGAAGAAGUAGUGGAGGUCGAAGUACCAGGCCCAAGUCUAAAGAAGCCGUCUAUAAAGCUUUGGAUGCGGCCUUGAGGGAUAUCUACGAACACAUCCAAGCGGAGCGAGGCCGGAGCGGCGCUAGGCUACCAGACGAUGGCAUCCUUCGGAGGCUACUGGCUGAGAUCCUCCCGGAUGUGCCCGAGAGGAGCUCCUCGUUACGGGGGCAGAGGGGGAGUCGCAAGGGGGGUCCCUCGAACGCCUCGUACCCCGACGGGAGUCCGAACGUGUACGGCUCGUCGCCGUGGCUACAGUCGCCGCUAAGUGCCUGUUACAGUCGUCAUACCGACGCCUCCAAUAAUGACAACUAUGGAGAGGAGCCAGGCAACGGCAAUGCAGAGCAGGAUGCCUCCAGGGGGUACAACACAACCACCAGCGACGGGGGAAGGGGGCAGACCAGACGAGCCACCCCGGACAGAGAGGUCUCCCAUAAGCAGAUGACCCAACUCAUUCUCUUCUCUCUCCUCCAUCAGAAACAGCCUGCCAGAGCUAUAUAUGACUUUAAGGCACAGACUGCUAAAGAGCUGACGUUCAAGAAGGGCGACGCGGUCAACAUCAUCAGACAGAUCGACAGCAACUGGUACGAGGGAGAGCACCGCGGACGACUGGGCAUCUUCCCCAUCUCCUACAUAGAGAAGAUGGCGUUGCCAGAGAAGCAGCAGCCGAUCAGGCCUCCUCCACCAGCACACGUCAGAGAGAUCGGGGAGGGGGUGGCCCGGUACAAUUUCAACGCUGACACUAACGUGGAGCUGUCCCUCCGCAAGGGUGAGCGGGUAGUCUUGCUGAGACAGGUGGACCAGAACUGGUACGAGGGGAAGAUCCCAGACACCACCAAGCAGGGCAUUUUCCCCGUGGCCUACAUAGACAUAGUCAAACGCUCGCCAUCCAAGAGCCCCGCCCCCUCCCACCAACCAGACCCACACGGCUACCCCAGCAACAGGACACAGGGCUCCACGCCCGCCAAGAGGUUUGUGCAGGAUUCGCUCCAUGGUGGAGGAGACCUGUUCCAGGCCCUGUACAACUAUCUGCCCCGUAACGAGGACGAGCUGGAGCUGAAGGAGGGGGACGUCGUGGACGUCAUGGAGAAGUGCGACGACGGCUGGUUUGUCGGGACUUCCCGACGGAGCAAGCAGUUUGGAACCUUUCCAGGAAACUACGUCAAGAAGCUAUAAUGAUGAAUCCGGUCCACCCCCACACCCUCCUUACUUGGACCCUUCCAUCUCUAGCACAACUCAUAUUGGACACAACCAACCCGGAGUAAAGUUGCCCCCAGACACUGAUUUGGGUCAGUUUUGCACUUUCCCCACCGAUGGUUAAGGUUAAGAUUUGGGGGAGGUGGAGCUGACCCUAGGAUGACCCCACUACGUCGGGUCAUCCAAGAAGCCUUGCCCAAGCAUGUGUGACAACGUCACAACAAAUAUUUUGUUUUAGCUCUAACUAGCCAACUCUAAAGGAGACUAUUCCACCAAUUAAACAAUUAUUUUAUAAAUGAUCGAGAAGCGGUAGAAGAGAUCCAUACUUUUGAAUUCCUGUCACCUCAGAUACUGAAGGAAUGGUAGCCAAACAAGAUGGCCAGCUUUAAGUGUUGACAUCUGCUCUUAUUUGAUUUAUUAGAUAUAUUUUAACCCAUUGAUAAGUUGAUUGUGUAACAUUCAGAAAGGUCAAAUAUGGUAAAGAUAAGAGUUAAAGAUGCCAAGUAAACUGCCACUCAGGAUUGCCUUGACGUCAUCAUGUCAGCCAUCUUGGUUUUGGACAUGUUUUUUUCCCCCUUUUUCCUCAGUGUUAAAUCAAUACAGAACCCCCCCCCCCCUUAAGUGUAUUAUCUGUAAUAGGGGGGCAGGUUGGUAUUUUCAGAGCAGUAUAUUGUCAUAGGACAUUGCAACACAUUUCAAUGUUUAAUCCUUUGGCAAAUGCUCUUAUCCACAGCAACUUUCAAUAAGCAACAUGAAGCAACCACAGCGUUAUUAGUAAAAAAUCUUCUUCAUAAAUGUUAUACACCAACACAGGAACACUCACCUAUUUCCCCCAGUGAAAAUGAUGACGCUGUCUAAUGCAUGAUGCCCAAAGGGUUGCUGGGAACCACGGGAUAGGGUAAGAAAUGUUUGGAGGCAAAUGCAUUGAUAUUGAAAGCGUAUAAAUAUAUUUGCAGAGCCUUCUAUUUGCACCGGAAGGCUCUGGAUAUCUGCCUUCUAUGGGCCUACAGUCAAUUCCAGUUUCUCAUUAUAGUGUUUGCGAACUCUUAUACGAGUUAUUUCAUAUGUGGAAGUGGCAAUAUUUUAUUUAGCCCUUCUGUUUGAACAAUUACAGUACAUUUUGUACUUUAGAUGGGAAAUAAUAUUUAUAGAUUUGGGAUUUUAUUGAUCGGUGGACUUGGCGUUUUAUCCGAGUACGCUACGGAUUUUACAAGUGAGAGCUACAUUGGAUUGUCGACAGGGCUUUAGGAGUUUGAUACCGUUGGAAAAACAAAUGCAAAAGCAACACGUUUUCCCACUUUUCUUGUAUGUAAAGAUAUUUAUAAUGGGAAAAGUAUUGAAUAUUGAGAGGACGUCAUUUAGAUGUCUCCGUCCAUAAAUAUAACUCUGGAUAGAGCAACAUAAGUUUCUCAGCUUACUUUGUGUUCUUUCGUCUAGUGGAAGUGGCCUAAGGUAAAGUGUGCUUUUGGCUAAUUUCAACCACAGCAAAUCCCCGUGUCAUGUUUAAGAUAACGAGACAAUAGCCUAAAUUUGUUCCCAGUCAAGUCUGACAUUUACUUUUGUCAAUAUACAACAAACCUUCAGGUGUCGACAAUAAUACAACCCUCCUUUUUGAAAUGGUGUUAUUUUAUUCUAUGACGAGGUUUUCUUAUUAAGAUCGCUGUUGAAUACUGUAUUAGGAAUUACAUAGCUAAUGUUGUCGCCACAUUCAUUGCCUUUGUCCAAAUGGGAUGUUUUACUAUACUCUAAAUUAAUAUAAUCAGAUAAGCGGCGUAAUUGAAUUAUACAGUUAUCUUCCUGGAGUAUUUUUUUUCUCUCUAGAUAAUUCUGACGGUGACCUUUUUACUGUCCGGAAUGAAUGAAACGAGUAGUGUCAAUGCAAUAGCUUGUAACAAUGUAUUUGAAUAACAUUUGUUAGGCAUACUUUUUGUGUUAAAUGAAUGUGAUUUUAAGAAUUUAUUUUGCCUUUCUUUUUUUCGUGUGUAAAGAAGUAUCUAUUCACAUAGGAAGGACACUGACCGCAGAACAAUUGUUUAAGCACCUUAAUAUGUAAUUACUUUAUUUUUGGUUUCUGUCUUUGGUUGGUUUUGUUCUCGUUUAUUUUUCUCACCAUCCCCUUUUCAUUCACACUUCCCUGGGUCGUGUUCAUUAGGGACCAAACAGAAGAAAACUGACUACCUGGACAUGUCCAAUAAAAAAUGCAAAUGUUCGUGUUCUGUUGCAAACGUUUCCCGUUGCUAUCCCUAAUGAACACGACCCUGGCAUGUGAGAGCACUGCGUGUCUGUUGGUGCUGUUUUUUGUACGUCUUUUGUAUGGAGCUGUAAAUCGAUGACAUGAUCCACUUGCUUUAUAAACUCUUAUUUUCUCACCCACCAUCUGUUUGGGUUGCCUUUUCUCUUCUCACUUUUUCACACCACCUUUUCCUACAUCCACCUCAAUCACCCCAAACAGCCAUACAGUAUGCAAAAAAAAACCAGAAAGAAAACAUUUAUAGUGGGUUACACUACUUUAAGGUGCUCUUUAUGAAGGGUACCUUAGUGCAAAGUGGUACCUUGUAGUGUUACCAGGGAUACCCGCUCUGGAGAACAAAAUGGAGUAUAAGGGAAUGUACGUUACCCAUAAUUGAAUAAGGAUAGAAUGUAAUGUUUUAAAUAUUUCUAGUCUGCCUUUGCUACCACUUUCGGGGACUUUAAAAGUUUUGGACUGACGACGUGGACUUUUGGAGGAUCCCCGUCUCAGAUUGGAGUUGUGUAUAUUGAAUCAGAAAUGGGGGGCUACAAGUGCAGAUUCUUAGCUUUGUCCAAAUGUGAACUCAAGUGGAUGACAUUGCAAUGACAUUCUUAUAACAAGUCUUUCUACAAGUCUUUCUGCUUUCAUUUACAAUUUUGUUUCGUACUAUAUUCCUAAUAAAUUCUGCCUGAUA